GAGAUAGCGAUAGCUCGGGUAAAAAGUUGGUUUCCGUUGGUCUAGAUUUUAAACGCACUAGAUCUAGGUUUUGAGGAUACGCUAAACUAUUGCUGGUCCGACUAAUUUCAUUUCUAGUUGCAGUUAUUUUUUGAAAAAAAAAAUGUUUCGUUUGGUGCAUACAUAAUGAGUAUACUAUGUUAUGUUUAUCAAUUCUAGAGUUGCAUGCAUUCAGAACUGACGAGACGGCUUUGAACUAUACAAGUUGUAACUAGAUCUAACAGCUAAAUAAACAAAAUAAUUGGUGCAUAUUUUAAUGGCUCACAUUGACUCCAGAUAAACUUAAGACACGGUGUCUUAUUGGCCAGGUUUAUUUUUCUGCGACUAUCGCAGCACAAGGAACGAUAAUUAAGAAGUAACCAUUAACGAGCAGUGCUUCUCCCUGAUAUCGUUUGCUGUCAUUUUACCAGAGAGUACCUAAACAAGGGCACUAACUCACUCGCAAGGGGCGACUUCUAUCGGGCGAUGAGACAUCUCAGACACAGAAAUCUGGCGUUUGUCUUGAUACGCCUUUAUCGUAUUAUACCAGUCACUGUAAAGUAGUAUAAAGGAAAGGGCGGGGGGCCGAUGGAGAGUAGGAGUGUUCAUAUUAAGAUUCAAGUCUUGAGCCAUACGCAUGUCUCAGGGCAAAACAAGCGACUUGCCAAGUUUGCGGUUGCUAUUUCCUCUCCUGUAUUCUCUAUAAGAACUAGGCCAAUCAAUUAGUAACAGACAUUCAUGCCACCCUCUAAAAAUGUGUUGUCCGGACACCUGCCUGUAGGACUUUUAGCUUCUAGUGCAUUUAUAAUAGUGACUGAACAGCUGAGACAAUAGUCACUUCUGGUAAACAUUACACAACAAACUUGUUUACUGUUCGUUUAUUUCGUGGAUAUGUAAACUAUCGAUUCUUGGAGUUCACCUGUUCAUUUGUUGUGUUCUGAAAACAAGUCAUUGGAAACCCGUGUUUUAAUUAGAUGUUCAUAAUCACUUUGGUGACAUUACACAUAUUUUCAUUACGGAAAACAAAAUGCCAUUUCUGAAAGACAAUUAGUAUUAAAAUAAUUUCUGAAGUUCAAUCAAUUACUGGCCAAUCAAUAACGAAGAUCUAUUCUGAAGUCUAAAACCUUAUCACUCAAUAACAUUUCAGAAAAUUGACUAAUUUUAUGAAGAAAUUGUUUCAUCAACAGUAUGCAAGUAUUCUACCUCAUGUAGUAAUGGUUCACACUGAGUGAAAUUGUUGAGGAUUGAGUUGCCCUAAAAUAGUGUAUUAGAUUUCUGCGAUCAAGUCAUAUAUAGAUUACACAUGAUUAACAAGCAAAUAAAAGACAACCGAAUUUUGGCCAUGCAAACCUUGACAUCAGACAUUUCAAACAGUUUCAAUAAAGCACAAAAUUGUUGUCCACUCCUAAACAUGGGUCAGUUUAGUCAAUACGGGGCCGAGUGGCACCGUGAACAUGUUGAUGGAAUAUCCAAUGAUGAUUCUCACAUCCAAAUGUUACGUCAAAACUGUCUAGGUCGCAGGGAUUCGACCCGUUCCAGAAUCAGACGUCCAAUGAAUGCAUUCAUGGUUUGGGCCAAAGUCGAGAGAAAACGUCUAGCCGGAGAAAAUCCUGACAUUCACAAUGCGGAACUCAGUAAAAUAUUAGGCAAGAGAUGGAAAAGUUUACGCCCGGAUCAAAAGCAACCUUUUGUGGAAGAAGCCGAAAGAAUUCGUGUCCAACACACCCAAGACUAUCCAGACUAUAAGUAUAGGCCAAGAAGGAGGAAACACAAGAAGAGGUGUGUUGCUCGAGCAGACGACUGUUUGACUAACUGCUCACCAGAGAAUAUUUUACCAACAGACUUGUCCUCGCCAGAGCUAACACGUUCACCACCAUCGACGUUGUACAAUCUAUCAUCACAUCACGGAGAUACUGAGGAGGUCAACAGUUUUACCUCCCCUUUCAGUGCUAUAGCUUCCGUUUUAAACGGAUCUAAUUAUGAGAUCAGCAUGUCUGGGAGCAAGAUCCCGUUCAUGUCAAUGACUAACAAUGAAACCGGAAGUCAAAAUCAGGAUGCGUCUUAUUCCAAUCUAUUGAGAAAGAUUUCAGCAGAAGUGAAAGACGUUGCGUUUUCAUCAUCAGCUAUGCCAAAUCAAACCCCAAGGUUGUUCACUUCAACAGAUUAUUCAACAGCCUUGAGCAAUAAAUUACCAUGGCAACAGUUUCCAAGCAACGAACUUUGCACUGCAUUCAUGAAUGAUGAUGAUAAUUCGUUUAGUCAGUUGAGCACUAAAUCUUAUGUUGAUAACCUAAACCAUGAUCCUUCAUCGGUAGAACAACUUGAUCAAACCAACAAUAGUGUAGAGAACCUUGACCGGGGAGAAUUGCUCACAACCGCCGAGAUUUACGAAUUGGACCAAUUUUUGGAGAAAACUUUAAACGAUCCGCGUUUUUCCAGCCAACAAGAAAUACAGGCUAAUCAUUGUGUGUACAACGAGGGAACUCGGUUCAGUUCACUGGAUACAAAGAAAGACAUUGAAGGCAUGAAGGCUGAAGGCAGUGCCACAAUUGUGGAUGAAAUACCUAAUACUGCCAGAGUACUGGAAUAUAGUCUAUCUCUUUUAGAUAAAUAUCCAGGUGGAGUUGAGGCAGAAGAGAGUAUUGCACCUAGCCAUAAAGAAAUUAAUUCUGAAUCAUCGCCUUCUUAUCAAGAGAGUAACUUCCGUCUGAAUGGCUCCUUAUACAAUUAUUUAGAAGGUGGGCGUUCAUCAAACAUCUUAGAAAGUGUCACUGCUGAUUGCUAUCAUUUGGACUCGCAUCGAUUUAGAGCUUCUCACAUUUCACCCAGUGAUGGGUCUGCAAACAUAGACUACUCGUUGUAUACAUAUAUGAUUUCACUUGAUAAACCAACUGAAAACACAGAAGAAACGUUUCUGACAGACCGGAAAGUUUCUUCCAUUCAAUGUCCAGAUCAACGUCUCUAUAUACCACAUCGCCCUAACAGUAGUCUGUCAUUUGGGGAUUGGGACAUGCGAAGUGCUGAUCCUCUAGGAAUGCGAUCUUACGAAAUAACCAAACAUUUAGACGUUUCUGAUACAAAUGGCUUAGCAGACGAAAGCUUUGCACCGCGUGAAAUGACUUGGGCAUCUCACAGUUCCGCGUAUCCACCAGAAACAGCAUUAAAUGCAUUCUCUUGCCUCACAGCUUGGAGGGGAGAUCAACCUACUGAAAACAACUUCCUGCAUCCCAUGUGCACAGAUUGGAACUUUCCAGCCUCUGUACCUUCAGACUUGUAUUCACAUGAUAACAAAUAUUUAUCCCGGAUGUAUAAUUCCAAUUCCCAUUCAGGCGAAGGUCAAAGGUCAAGAGAAAACAGAACUUGCAGUUCUGUAAUUGAUUCGGAAUUGGCGUACACUAGGUACAACCAUCCAUUGACCUUGAAAGGCAUUGACACAUCGCCAAAUUUAACAUCAGCCAUGUUAUAAAUUUUCAGUUACUAUUCUUUACCCAACGGCUAAGUUUCCAAAUGAGACUCAAGAGAGCUAAGCAUGAAAGGAAUAAUAAAAUUUAAAAAAAAGGAAAUUCAUGUCUACAUUCCCUGUGUAUUCGAAUGUUCUUAUUUCUGCUCGCCCUCUCUUCUAUUGCAAGUGUCAGUAACUUUCCAAUUGUUCAACAAGUGUGUGAGGUUAAAAAAUCAGGACAACUUCCUGUUAAUAGAUGAUGGUGAACUAUCUGGACGCUGUACUUUUCAUCACAAGAAAGCCAUUAAGCUUCUGUGCAAUGUUGAGUCUAAUGGCAGAAAAUUAAAAUUACUUUUUAAAAAAUAUUAUAAAUAUAGGUUCAAUUGCGGCUACUUCGUAGGCAAAAGUUGAAUACUGUCUAAUUACUAGCGUCUCACCAAAGCCAUAGAAAUAUUGAGCAUUUGUAGACAGAGUUCUUUAGUUUUACCACGACUUUGUUCAAACCUUGUCUUAAAAUGCACAACAUGUUCAUUGACAAAGUGCUCAUUAUUUAAUAUGACUAAAAACUGAAUAAUUUCACAAUGUCCAGCCACAUAGGGCUGUAAAUGAAGUCAAUGUGUCACCCUUACUUUUAAUGCCAUUGUGACUAUAAAAAGACAAAAAGUAGAACUAUGGCCAAACUUUGAUUUUCCCAUUUGAAACAGUUGUUUAUUGUACAUCAAAAUGAAUGCUCACAUGUUGACCCAGUUUAUACCCUGUCUUCUACUAUUGUAUGAAACAAGUGCUCCCUAUUGUAUAUACUGUUGAGAAUAUUGUAAGAUGUGUUUUUGACUCCUCAAGGACUAUUCAAACAUGUUUUCACUUUUUCCAAAACAUUAAAAGCGUUGCACUGAUUA